GUCUUCGACACGAUGCGUAUCACACUCGCUAUUCAAGGCUUCGCCGCCCUGGCGGUGGCCAUGCCUGCCGCUCGUCCUCAGGAGAUCGAUGUCAACAUGGUCCUCGCCGCUCCCGAACCAGUAACUUACGACCCUGCUAUUGGAGCUACAGCUCAGGUUGUAUCCUACGACUUCACCUCCCUGGUUGCCCAGGCCACUGCUCCUGCCACCUCAGUUGCGAGUGACGUCGCUGCGACAGCCACCGCAAUCGAGAAGAGAGGAGCUGCUUGCACUUCUCUGGCUCCUGGAGCCUCUGGAGCUCCUACUUAUUCGCCUGACACUCCCGCUGCUUUUGCUUCCAACUCGGACUUUGCCUCGAUCGCUUCUAACGCUCCGGUCCCUACCGGAUACACCAACACCUUCACCAAUGCCAAUGCUUCCAACAGCGCUUACGGCUACCUUGGUUUUACCACCCUCAGCACUUUUGAUACUGCCAAGUGCGCUGCUAAGUGCGAUCCAUCAGUCGAUCCUGGCUCAGAUGCAUCUGGUUGCGAGAAUCCNCCAUCAGUCACCUACAUCAAGUGUGAGUAUCUCCUGCAUGAGCUCGCGAUUGUUCUAGCAAUUCUGACUCAAUCCAGGNNCGUUUUCUGGGGAGGCCCGGUUUCUAGAUCCAACGCCAACAACUACGGACAAUACCGUAACCAAUUUCAGGUCUUGAUUGCUGGAUCUAAUGGUUACACUAACAACACUCUGGCUGCGCCGGCUGGUUACUCUGAUGCCAUCUACUAUGGCACUCAUGCUAUCGACGCACCCCUUGAUGCUCAGGGUUACUCCACUUUUAUCAUUAGCAAGAUUUUCAGUGGUCCCUUUGAUGCCAGACUCUGUGCUGCAGCCUGCGAUGCUCAGACCCAGUAUGCCAUUAACAACUCUUCUGCCGAUGGCGCUCCCGCCAAGCAGUGCCACUUCUUCAACACUUACAUUCUCAACUUGAACGACAACAAGCACCCUCAAGGCCAGUACUGUACUCUCUACACCGAGGCUUGGCCCUCAAAGUACGCCACCUCAACUGGAUCAUCGACCAGCAGUGGCAAGCUCAUCGUCGAGUACAGUUACGGCUAUGUCAGCACUCCAGGCUCAGGCAUUGAUCCUACAAAGGGCGACAAGACUGGUGCUAUCUACCAGGCUUCUGGCGAGAUGAAGUCCGACUCAGCUCAACUCAGCUCGGUCUUCCAGCCCUUCUGCUCUUCUUACCUUACUUACUCUGCCCUCCCCAUCAUUACCAUCACGUCGACCAUCACUGUUUCGCCUUUGGCUAUUUCGACCGCAUAUGCCACCUCGACUGCACCUGCCAUGCGCAAGCGUGAUGGUGACGCUGAUUCUUUCCCCGGUCUGACUACCAACUCGACCAAUGCCGUUCCUGCCGUCUACGACUCCAAUAAGAAUGUUACCUGGUACCUUCCCAUCGAGUCCAUCGCUUCUGAGGCUGCCGCAAGCUCUACCGCAGCUCCUGCCAAGCGUGAUGUCUCGACUCCUUCUGUCUUGGCCAAGUACCCUGCUACAGUCAUCUCUUCGGCUUGUUCUCUACAAGUCAGCCAAGCCACUCUUGCCUCGACUGUGACCGUCAACGAGACUACCACUCUUGCCACUUCGACCACAAUCACCACUAUUGUGUCUAUUAUCACCGCCAGUCCCUCGUCGACCAGCUCUUCUGCUUCGUCUUUCACUGCAAAGGCUUCCGCUUCCGCUGCCGCAAACUUGAAACUCCGCAUCUCCUCCUCAGGCACCAGCGCCGACGGCCAAGAGCUCGAGUUCGACUCAGCCACCGCCUCUUCAGGCUACUCUAAUACUUACAUCAACUACUACACCUCCUCAAGCUUCUUCCACGGCUUGGCCAUUACNCCCGACUUCGUCCUUGACCCCUCCACUGGAUAUCUCAAGGACAAGAAAUACGGAUACAUCAUGGCUGUUUACAACAGUCCUCUCCCAAACCUUACUGGCCUCGCAUACACAGUCAUGUUCUUCCCAGUCAACAAAGUCAAGGCCAACGGAUACAUUCCGGUUAUCUGCAGUGGCUCUUCGGUGCUGAAGUGCUCGGCCAAGAACUCGUGGGGCGCUGUCCUCGAUAACGUUUUCAUUCACCCUCAGGUCACUGUUACUGGCGACGUUUACUGGUCGCUGAGACUUGGUGAUGACAACUACCUUCCUCAGUUGGGAGAUGCUGCUGCUCAGAUAGGAUUCCAGUAA